CAAGACGAUCAGGUUGGCGAAGCUGCAAGAAAGACAUUUGACGGGGAGGAUGAGAUCAGCUCUGCAGGGCUGGAAGGGUUCCUGCGUGAGGGAUGGGGAGAGUUCUCUCAUGGCCCUGAAGCUUCACCUUGUUGUGAGCUCUGCUCAAACUGAAGAUGACUUGUUGGAGUCGCUUCUUGCGCUGAUCAAGGAACGAAUGCUCAGUAAUGGUAUUCCGCGGGAAUCAGUCUUGCUCGUUCGGGUGCUGAGCCAAGAUUGUGUGUACGUCAUAUCGCUCUCGGGGCUAGAUGAACAAGGAAGGCAAGCGAUGAGCAGCAUGGUGGAGCAUUUGAAUCAUCAGACGGGAGAAUGGUCUAGCAUGCAAACGUCGGGAGCUGUUGAAAGUGCGGAGUUGACAUUCCUCGACCUCCGCGGGAUCCUGAAGCUGAUAGUCGUUGAGUUUGAACACAGGGAGCGAGAAGUCUCUAAUCUGAGCCAGGAGAUACAAAAGCUUCGCAAUGAUGCCGACGUGUUCGAUAAACUUGCCAUAGACAGAGAGUUUGCUGCACUGGAGGUGGCAGAGAAACGAAUGAUGUCGAUCAAGAAGCUUGUGACGGCGCUGGUAAGGAGGACGACGAUGUUCAGGUGUUGGAGGGAUUUUAUCUUGAGCUUGAGGCGUGAGAGCUGGAGAGUGUGAGAUGAGAUCAGAGCAGUCAUGUACAUGAGACCUCAAGGUCCACUUAACCUAGAAAAAAUGUUCUUGUUAAAAAUGAAUUCAAUUUAGUUCU